UCUCUUUUCUUCCCUUUUAUAUUUUUCACCAUAAGUAAUUUAAUACUUAAUUACCGCAUUUAAGAAAAUCUCACAUUCACACAUUUAAAGAUGACAAGGACCAUUAUGCUCCUAUCUAUUGCCGUCGCCGUCUUGGCCAUCACCGCCGUCUUCGCCGCUGAUCCUCCAACACCAGCCGGAGCGCCUAAAGCCAACGCCAACAAAAGCUCACCCACUGCUUCUCCCACCGCAGCAGCAUCCCCCAAACAACCCUCCGGAGCAGCAUCCCCAAAACCAACCGCCGCAGGAUCCCCAAAACCACCCGCCGCAGGGUCCCCAAAACAAACCGCUUCCGCCCCAACCUCGCCGCCUACGGCCUCUGCUCCCACCACCACCAAGAAGAACUCCUCCGCCACUCCAAGCGCUUCCCCAUCUUCAGGUGGUGGCUCCCCCGCAAACGCUCCAAAAUCUUCGUCAGCCAAAACUCCGGCUCCAAGCCCCGACUCAAGCUCCGGAGGUCCUACCAGCUCAUCCGAAAGUCCUACAAGCUCAUCGGAAGGUCCUACAAGCUCGUCCGAAGGCCCUACAAGCUCGUCUGAAGGUCCUACUAGCUCGUCCGACUCACCAUCCGCAUCGUCUCCGCCGUCUCCGACACCAGACAUGUCUCCGUCGUCGUCCCCUGAUGAAGGACCCACCAGUGAAGACCCCGAAGCUUCAGCUCCGACGGGAAGAGCCUCGUCGCUUGAGAUCUCUAUCUCUGGAUCUGUUCUCAUCGCAGCUGCAUGGUUAUUCUUCAUAUGAUGAAAUGUUACUCUUGUGUUUUUUAUUACACUUAUAAAGGGCUCGUUUCAUUUAAUAUUUUUUGGUUCCUUAAAAAAGGUUUGCACUCAGGUUCAGUUGAAUUCGUGCAUAGUAUGGAGGUUAGGAUUUGAUAUAUGUUGUAAUAAAUGUUUCGCUUGGGUUACUUAUGAUGAUCGUGUGAUCUUUAGUCGUUAUACUGACCAUUAAAUUCUUAUGGUUAAAAGGGUCUAUUAUACUAGUAAUUUACGUCCAUUUUCCAAUUGGCUAGUACAUGUUCUAAGAGCAACUGCAACAGUGAUUUUAGAUGAGUCCUUACAGUUAAUCCUUAUCAUUAUUUCAAUAUAAUAUUAUUAUUUUGGCUUAAUUAGCUAGGGAUCAAUCCUUCAAGAGAGAUUGGAAGGACUCAAUCCUUAACACACGUGUCUCUCUCUAUCUCUCCUCCCACGCUCUCUCUCGAUCUCUCCUCGCUCCAUCAUCUUCCACCAUGAUCCUUCCUUAUCGAAACCUUUUCGAAAAAUCCUCUUCUCUCUUUUCGUUUUUUCCCCGUAUGACUCAAUCCUUAGGAUUUUUAGCUACGCUAUUGGGGAUAUCGUGUUUUGUGUGUGUUGAAUUGGCAGGAGGGUACUCUGACUUUGGUUGAAAUUUUCAUAUGUGGUCUUGUUUUGUUUUCUCUUCAUAAAGUUUUGUCCUUUCUAUGGUGACGUGAAGCUCUUUUUCUGUUUUAUCUGGAUUCUGUUAUCGGUCAAAAAUCUCAUGAAAUGAAAUUGCAUAAAUCUUAUUAGGUGUUUGAAAAAGCUUGAAUCUUUUAUGUGUUGUUCCUUGGAGUUAGGUUGUUAAAGAAAUUAGAAUUUUUGCUAAGGUUUCUUUUUUUUAAAUGACUUGUUUGUGUCUGGCAGGGGAAGUGAAAUGGCUCUUAUCAAUUUGGAAGCUCAUGUGUUGCUGCUCAGUGGGGGAUUCGUCGUCCUCAUGUUGCAGUCAAAGCUUCUUUUUAUCCAACCAGAUUGGAAUCUCACCAUGACAAUUGCAUCAGCCAAAUAAAUUGUUUGGGAGCUUCACAGUCGAGUAUGUUUUCACAUGGCUCCUUGCCCUUCUUGUCACUUGUAAUGGGACAGUCCCGUAAUUCACAUUCUCGUAGAGGAUCUCGCUUCACUGUUAGGCCUUAGGUUGAGUAAACAAAAUAUACUUUUGAGUUUAUGUCGUGGAUCCCAAUAACUGUCGGAACGUUACGGAUGCAGUGGAAGUGAAUGGAGGGAUUAUUGUGUCGGUGGUGAAGGAGGAAGAUUGGUUUAAGAAGCAUAGGAGCCGAGUGAAAGUGAUUGACUAUGGCGAAGCUGUCAUCAUGCCUGGUCUUGUUGAUGUGUAAGUUUGAUCUUAAACCACAUCACCAAGGACUCGGUUCUGUGUAGUUUAUGCUUCCUUCUGGAACAAUUGCUGCUGCUGCUGGUAAUCAAAUCAUGUUUCAAUUACUUUGAGUUUCGGUACUUAAACAUUGGCUCUUUCUUUGAAAGUUAAUUUCCUAGUAAAGUUGGCUCUUUCCUUGACCAAUGAAACAUGAACUCUCUCUCUUUUUUUUUUGAACUUCAUGAAUACAAAACGCUAAGGACUCUAAUUCAAGCAACACCAAUGGACUUGAUUCUUUUGAUUAAGUCUUUAACUAUUCAAAAAAAAAACCAAAAAAAUUUAAUGUUUUAAUAAUGCUAAGGACUCUAAUUAGAGUAACACCAUUGCAUAUGCUCUAAUACUGACAGCAUCAGCAAUACUGAAGAUCUUUGAUAAGCAAUAUACAAGAAAAUUCAAAUAAAACUUAGUAAGGAAAAAAAACUCUAGGCUACAAGUUAGAACUAUACAUUACCGCUUCACCAAAAAUAAAUAAAAAGAACUAGACAUUACCAAUUUACCCACGAAGGAAAAAAAAAACAGAGAAUAUAAUUUAAUACAAAAGGGUAAAAUCAAUACAAUACUAAAAGUAGAAUAAUCUCAAAGCUAAGAGCAUCCACGUAGGACUAAAAAAUCAUCCAAUUAUAGAGCUCUGUUUUGACACAUCAUUCAUGCUUUCGUUCACCGAAACGGGUCUUUAACGUGGGCUCUGUUAAAUGAUUCAAUUCAAGCCCAUCACCCAUGUCUGAAACUUGAAGUUUGUUCUUCCCCGACUCCUCUUAGGUCAUCACUGAUCAAAUUCCAGCACUUCAUCGUUACCAUAAAUCCACUCUUCAAUUUUCAGCGACCGCAAGACCAACAAGAAGACCGUCGCCUCCUCCGCAACUGCAAAUCAAACGUCCAGAUCAACCGGCAAGGCACUGACAGCUAUGUUAUGUUCUUCAACGAGGUCGGUCUCAGAUUGGGACAAUUGGAGGCUAACUCAUUUAUGGGAAGCGAGGUACACGCCGUUUUCGCCGGAAUCACAAAGACGUUACCAUUCUCCGUUACUUCUAUCGAUUCCAAACUACGGUCUCCGUCUCUCCACCGCCGAACUGCAAUUUCCCAAUUCUCCUCGCCGUAACUUGCCGUUACGGUGGUGGAGGCGGAGGAGGUUAUCCUUUCUCGGGAGACUCAAGGAGAGGUAGGCCGAAAGAGGCAGAAGUAGAUGAAGCACUCGAUAUCGCCUCAAUUAGGUCAGCUACUGUGAGGCUAAUCGAUGGGCAACAGAACAUGCUUGGGUUAGUGUCUAAAGACGAAGCUGUUCGAAGGGCUGAAGAUGCUGAGCUUGAUUUGGUGAUACUAUCGCCUCAUGCUGAUCCUCCCGUUGUUAAAAUGAUGGACUACAGUAAAUAUAGAUUUUAUCAUCCUGAGAAAACAAGAAGACCGUCGCCUCCUCCGCGACUGCAAAUCAAACGUCCAGAUCAACCGGCAAGGCACUGACAGCUAUGUUGGGACAAUCGGAGGCUAACUCAUUUAUGGGAAGCGAGGUACACGGCAAGGGAGCAUUUUUAAUUGGUUUAGUGCUCCUGCUUAUUGACGAACAGGUUAGACAUGAACUUAUGUGUUGAUUUAUUUUAUUGCUUUAGAUUUCAUUGAUUCGUUCCCAUUAACUAAACAUGAACUGAUGUGUUGAUUUAUUUUAUUGCUUUAAAAAUUUGUCUCACGCACAACUCUAUCUUUUCAGAGCUUCAAGAUAACCGAUUGGAGAUUGACGAAGAUAGGUUCAGCUUCCAUUCACUUGAGAAUUUUGAAGACAACUAUGGACUCAGAGGUGAUCUCUUUGGCAAGCAUUUUUAAAGAAAAUUCUCUCUUCAGAUGCGGUUUCAUAUUGUGCUUCUAAAGUAGUUUUUUUUACUUUUCUUUCACACAGCUGAUCACAAGCUAUCCGUGUUCACUUCAGCUGUUAAGAGGAUUAGCAUGCUUUAAACGAUCUGCAGACAAGUUCCAGUGGAAGUAACUAACCAACUUAUUUGUGGAGAGCUAAAGCCACUUCUUUUGCUUCUCUUUCUCUCUCUCUCUCUCUCUUAUAUUCUAGGCCUAGCAAGUGUACGCAUUUAUAACUAUUGCUUAGUCAAAAUAUCCCAUGGUGUCUAAUGUCAACUUUAUUUAUUUUUGUCUGAUUUUCAGGAUGAAGAUGAUAAUAAUUAAGAUGAUCAAUGAGUAUGUUGUUGACCAGUGAAUAUUUGAUCUGUAGCUAGCCAAGUAAUUUUAUAUCAAACCUCUGUUGAUGGGCAAUUUUAUGCUAUGAAGGGCGUAAAGAUCUCUGACAUAUUUUGAUACUUGAGCGAAGGGUUGCACCUUCAGAUACUGCUAUGAGUGAUCUUCAUGAGGUAUAACCCAUUUUCUAUGCUGCAUAUCUACUAGUUCAUUGUAGAGACUUUAUUCUUAAACAAAGUAUCUGUUUUGAUGAUUCCAAAGUUGAAUUGGAAUACAUUAACAAAGCAGCUAUAAAACAAAAAGAAAGGGGGGAGGGGGGCUAACUGCUGUCCCUAGAAAAAGGUAACGUUGCAUUUUUAGUCAGCUUUUAGUGGGCAAAAGUCUUGAAACUACAUUGUUUGUGUUACUCUUUUUCCUCUUUUUGUCGCAAAUGUCUCUCUUAUUCUAUAGCUGGUUUGUAUGGGUUAUUUUGGUUCCAUGUGAAUUUUCUGUUUUGUAUUGUGAUUGAAUGGUUGUGAUCACGCAUGUGUGGAAGAGCCGAAGAGGAGGCCAAAUAAAGAGUUGGUGAAACUGCGAACCAGCAAGAAAACAAAGAAAGGUACGAUUACAAAAUUUCACUAUAAUAUAUGACUAUCUAUCUUCUGGCUCCCCUUUGUUGUUGUCACUUGGAAUCAGAAUCUAAGGAAUCCAGCUUAGUGUUUCACAGUGUAUACAUUGGAAUAUAUAUAUAUGUAUUUCAGUCUGAUUUACAAUCACUGCAGUAGGAUUAAUCUAACUAUUUCAUCAACUGGAUAUGGUCUAUGAUAGGUUCUCCAUCAAUAUUCAUGCGUUCCGUGUGAGGAGUAUCAAGGAUUUACUGUAUGAUUUCUGGAACAAUACAAACCAGUUGCUCAAGGAUUUUUUUCUGGGAAUUACAUCAUGAAUGAUCUUCAUCAUUGUUAGGUAUCUACUCUCAAACAUAGACACGAAGACAAAAAAAAUUAAAUGGUUUGUUUAUUUUAAACUUGGUGUUCUAUAUGUGAGCACCUUAUGACAGCCAUUAUACAUUAGUGAUUAUAUAUUUUGGAGUCUUAAUCGCUAUGUGAUUCAGAACAGAUUUUGGUCUGAGUUUGUCAUUUGAUUGACAUGUCUAUCAUAUGUUGCUGGAGCCUACAAGUUCUUUGUUUUAUGUAUCGUAGGAACCGACACAAAGGACAUAGUUAACUUCCGUAUACACAAGCAGGUGACCGACUUCUUUAUACUUCAGAUAAAUUUCACUAAUUUCAAAAUUUUAUUUUAUAUCAUGGGGAUGAUGUAUAUUUUUGUAUUGUAUUUAGACACCAAAUAAUUUGAGAAUUUUGGAAAGAACAUCAGAAUGAUGUUAUAAAGGUGCUCAAAAGAAAGAAAACAUCAAAAACGGUGUAUUCAUUUA